UUGGGUCACCGCCACCCGCCGUCCUCGCUGUGCGCCCUGGGGUCUCCAGGGCGUGAGGACAGUGCUGGGACCCGUGCCAUCGGACGGAGGGCGCGCUUCAGUUCACACGGACUUUGUAGAGACUCAGCAUGCCUUUGGAGACACCCCAGGUGGAGAUUGGGGCUGCAGCAUGCCCGUACCUCUCAGGGGUGCCUGAGGGGGACAAGGAGCGCCUGUGGAUCCCACCGGACACCCCGAGCAGGUGCACCUGGCACCUGGGCAGGCCUGUCACUGACUCCCCGCAUCGCCACGCCCACCUGGCAGAAUCUCCAAAAAUUUUGCCAGAUAUUCUGAGCAACAUUGGGAACACCCCACUGAUCAGAAUCAACAAGAUUGGAAAGAAUGCGGGGCUCAAGUGCGAGCUCUUGGCCAAAUGUGAGUUCUUCAAUGCGGGUGGGAGCGUGAAGGACCGCAUCAGCCUACGGAUGAUUGAGGAUGCUGAGCUGGAUGGGACCCUGAAACCUGGGGCCACCAUCAUCGAGCCCACAUCUGGGAACACAGGGAUCGGACUGGCGCUGGCCGCAGCUGUGAAGGGCUAUCGCUGCAUCAUCGUGAUGCCAGAGAAGAUGAGCAUGGAGAAAGUGGACGUGCUGCGGGCCCUGGGGGCCGAGAUCGUGCGGACGCCCACCAACGCCAGGUUCGACUCCCCCGAGUCUCACGUCGGGGUGGCAUGGCGGCUGAAGAAUGAAAUCCCCAAUUCUCACAUUCUAGACCAGUACCGUAAUGCCAGCAACCCCCUGACGCACUAUGACACCACGGCUGAAGAGAUCCUGCAACAGUGUGAUGGGAAGCUGGACAUGCUGGUGGCUUCAGUGGGCACAGGUGGCACCAUUACGGGCAUUGCCCGGAAGCUGAAGGAGAAGUGUCCCAAGUGCAGAAUCAUUGGGGUGGAUCCUGAGGGCUCCAUCCUCGCCGAGCCCGAGGAGCUGAACCGCAAAGAGAAGACGACCUACGAGGUGGAAGGCAUCGGCUACGACUUCAUCCCCACAGUGCUGGACCGGGCGGUGGUGGAUGAGUGGUUCAAGAGCAAUGAUGAGGAGUCCUUUGCCUUCGCCCGCAUGCUGAUCGCGCAGGAGGGGCUGCUGUGCGGUGGCAGUUCCGGCAGUGUCAUGGCCGUGGCUGUGAAGGCCGCCCAGGAGCUGCAGGAGGGCCAGCGCUGUGUGGUCAUCCUCCCUGACUCGGUGCGGAACUACAUGUCCAAGUUCCUGAGUGACAAGUGGAUGCUGCAGAAGGGCUUCCUGAAGGAGGAGGUGCUCUCUGUGAAGAAGCCCUGGUGGUGGCACCGGCGGGUCCAGGAGCUGAGCCUGUCAGCGCCACUGACUGUGCUGCCCACCAUCACCUGCGGGCACACCAUCGCCAUCCUCCGAGAGAAGGGCUUCGACCAGGCGCCCGUGGUGGAUGAAUCUGGGGCCAUCCUGGGAAUGGUGACCCUUGGCAACAUGCUGUCGUCCCUGCUUGCUGGGAAGGUGCGGCCGGCAGACCAGGUCUGCAAAGUCCUCUACAGGCAGUUCAGGCCGGUCCACCUGACGGACACUCUGGGCAUGCUGUCGCACAUCCUAGAGACAGACCACUUCGCUCUGGUGGUCCACAAGCAAAUCCAGUAUCACAUCAAUGGUGAGGCCAACGCACGCCAGAUGGUGUUUGGAGUCGUCACCGCCAUCGACUUGCUCAACUUCGUGGCGACCCAUGAGAAGGACCAGAAGUGAGACCUGUAGUGCCAGGUCUGCCCCGCCCACCCUGAUGGGCAGCAGCCACCCUGGGUGCUCAGGGCGGGGCCUACAGGCUUUGUCCUAACAUAAUACUUGGCUUCCCACACAGAUCUGCACACUCACAUCUGUUUCAAGGGGCUUUUCUUCAAGGAUACUUCCUUUAGGAUGUUUCACCAAGGGGAUAUGCAGAGAGGAGCUGGAGCUGGGGAUGGUAGCUAUGGCUGUAAUUUCAGCGACUGAGGAGGAGGCUGAGGCAGGAGAAUUGCAGGAUCCAGGGCAGCCUGGACAACAUACUGGCGUUGUCUCAGAAUAAACAACAAAAAGGCUGGAGUGUAGCUCAGUGGUGGAGCACUUCUGUGUGUGAUCCCUAGAAACCACCCCCCCCCCCGCCCGCUGCAGCCCCUACAAACAGCAGCUGGCCAGGUAGGGGACACAGACACAGCAAUGGGCAGAGUGGACAGAAAGCACCUCUACCUGAGAAGAUUCCAGAAUGAGGGAUAGCAGAAAGGGGCUAGUGAGCCAGGACAAGCUUUGCAUUUGGACUGUAACCCUGGUGAAAUGCAGUUAACCUAGGAUGUAGAGUAGCGUGAACGGGUCGCUGGUGUUUAGUACAUACCAGGCACCACUGCCACACCUCUGUCAAGUGUCACACAGCUGAGCUGUUCUUCCUGCUGUCCUCCCUCUGCCCUGGCCUUCAGCUGCUGAGACGUGGCCCACCACACCAGCCUGGGCCCUGCUAACCUCACUGUGCCUCAGUUUACCUGUUCUGGGCAUUUCCUAUAAAUGAAGUUACACAACC